UUCCCUCUAUAAAAUUUGCGAAGCUCGGCUGAAAUCGUAAAACAGAGGUUUCCUCCCAAAGACAGCGAACGAAGAAAACUUUUUUUCCCACCAAAACAUCCAUGGCGGCGAGCGUAGUUCCACCGGGGCGGGGAGCCCGUAGGGCGACUACCGACGAUGACAGGCUCGUCUUCGAGACGACGGAGGGGAUCGAACCGGUUGCCAGCUUCGAAAACAUGGGAAUUAAUGACAGCCUGCUCCGUGGAAUCUACGAGUACGGGUUCGAGAAGCCCUCCGCCAUUCAGCAGCGAGCCGUUAUGCCGAUAAUUAAAGGCCGCGACGUCAUUGCCCAGGCACAAUCCGGUACCGGGAAAACCUCCAUGAUUGCCCUCACUGUUUGCCAGGUCGUUGAUAUCAACAGCAAAGAGGUGCAGGCAUUGGUAUUGUCUCCUACAAGGGAGCUGGCUUCACAAACCGAGAAAGUUAUCCUAGCAAUCGGUCAAUACUUGAACAUUCAAGCACAUGCAUGCAUUGGUGGCAAAAGUGUGGGUGAAGAUAUUAGAAAGCUAGAGCAUGGAGUUCAUGUUGUAUCCGGAACACCAGGAAGAGUAUGUGACAUGAUCAAGAGAAGGACUUUGCGUACAAGAGCCAUUAAACUAUUAGUCCUUGAUGAAUCAGAUGAGAUGUUGAGCAGAGGUUUCAAGGAUCAAAUAUACGAUGUUUACAGAUAUCUUCCACCAGAACUUCAGGUUUGCCUGAUCUCAGCCACACUGCCAAAUGAAAUUUUGGAGAUGACUGGCAAAUUCAUGACUGAUCCCGUGAAGAUACUUGUAAAACGUGAUGAAUUGACUUUGGAGGGUAUCAAACAGUUCUUUGUUGCCGUGGAGAAGGAAGAGUGGAAAUUUGAUACUCUAUGUGACCUUUAUGAUACACUUACCAUCACUCAAGCUGUUAUUUUCUGUAAUACAAAGCGGAAGGUAAGUUGCUCAUGAAUCAAGUUAUAAGGCUAUUGGUUUGUGCUUGAGUUCGACAUCCCAAAUAUGUUUCUUCAAGUGUUUUUGGACCUAUCAUUACUCUGGAGAUUGGUUUUUUUCUAUGUUUGCAAUGAGUUUGGAGAUGACUAUGUACGGAUGUUUCAGGUUGAUUGGUUGACUGAAAAGAUGCGCUCCAGCAACUUCACAGUUUCAUCUAUGCAUGGUGACAUGCCUCAGAAAGAGAGAGAUGCAAUUAUGAAAGAGUUCAGGGAUGGUACUACACGUGUUCUCAUCACGACCGAUGUUUGGGCCCGUGGAUUAGAUGUUCAGCAGGUGUCUCUUGUGAUUAAUUAUGACCUGCCAAACAACCGUGAGCUUUACAUUCAUCGAAUUGGUCGGUCUGGACGUUUUGGACGCAAGGGUGUGGCCAUCAAUUUCGUGAAGUCGGAUGAUAUCAGGAUUUUAAGAGAUAUAGAGCAAUACUACAGCACACAGAUUGACGAAAUGCCGAUGAAUGUUGCUGACCUGAUAUAAAGAAACCUGUUAUGGUUUGUCAAUGCGGGUGGUGAGAAUGGAUUGCUUCUCUUCCAAGCCAGCAGGAUGAGGAAGUGUGUUGGUGUUUGUUAUUAAUGGUGCUGGAAUGACUGUUUUUGUGAGGAAGAGAUGAAGUGAGAAACGUGUACUAUAUCUGUGUGUUUUGGUGGGGCUGAACAUUCAUCUGUUUGCUGUUUGGGAUUUAGGGCAAUCUCUUGUUAUAAUACAGUAUGGGAAUCUGCAAUUCGAGUAUUUUCUUUUCUGCCUCCCUCUUGCAACCUUUGUUAUGGUAAUUUAUGCUUGCUGGAUUGUAUGAUGAACUAUCAUCAAAUCAAGUUAAAUGCCUGUAAAGCCCGUUAAGGAAUCUAUGGUCAACUUUCAACAAUUCAGCUCC